GAUUCAGUUCGCUACUUCGCUUUUUAUUGAAAGAAUAGCCAAAGAUGUAAAUCGAUCUCGGCUUAUCGAUGAUCGAAGAUAAUUUUUUAUUAAUUUCAACCGCAAGUUUUUGCGGGGGCUUUCAAUACGCGAGGCCGGGUUCCGGCGAACGCGCUGAACCUGCCUUGCGCCGCCCCUGAGCGUACCGUCAAAAAUUGUUGCUCAUAAAUUUAUUCAUGAUAAGUCGUACGAAAAUAAUCGAAGUAACGUUAUUUCGGCUGCGAUCGUUGCCUUAGACGGUACCGAACCGGGAGUGUAGUAAUAUAAAUUCAGGAACGCUAUGACGAUCGGUGUGUGAAUCAUCGUCGUAUAAAAGCGGCGGCUGGGUUUAUUUUCGGUGAAUCGGUUCUAUUUUUCGAUUCGCCAACUAUGGUCUACGAAAGUAUAUAUUUCGAAUAAUCAUCAUCGGAUUAGGUGCAGAUAUGUCUUUCCGUGUAGUGCGUAGCAGUAAGUUCCGCCACGUGUACGGAACAGCUUUGAAACGUGAACAAUGUUACGACAAUAUAAGGGUGUCCAAGUCGUCAUGGGACUCGACCUUCUGUGCUGUGAAUCCAAAGUUCCUUGCCAUCAUCGUUGAGUCAGCCGGCGGUGGUGCUUUCAUUGUGUUGCCGCACAACAAAGUAGGACGGAUACCAGCUGAUUAUCCUUUAGUCGGUGGACAUAAAGGUCCUGUGUUAGACAUCGCAUGGUGUCCUCAUAACGACAAUGUCAUAGCAUCUGGUUCUGAGGAUUGUGUAGUUAAAGUAUGGCAAAUACCGGACGGUGGUAUUUCCAGGACGUUAACGGAAUCUGUGGUAGACUUACAGCUGCAUCAGCGCAGAGUAGGUCUUGUACUAUGGCAUCCGUCUGCGUUGAACGUAUUACUUACAGCCGGAUCUGACAAUCUUGUCUUGAUCUGGAACGUCGGUACAGGAGAGGCUAUGGUUCGGAUAGAUUGUCAUCCGGAUAUGAUUUAUUCUGCAUGCUGGAAUUGGGACGGAUCUAGAUUAGUCACCACGUGUAAAGAUAAAAAGAUUCGAAUCUUGGAUCCAAGGACGGGGGAGAUGUUGGAGGAAGCUAUUGCGCACGAAGGUAGUAAAGCUACGCGUGCAAUCUUUCUAAGGGGAGGCUUGAUCUUUACCACAGGUUUCAGUAAAAUGUCUGAGAGGCAGUAUUCCCUACGUGCUCCUGACAUGUUAGGUGAACCCAUAGUUAUGGUAGAAUUGGAUACCAGCAACGGAGUCAUGUUCCCUCUCUAUGAUUCUGACACAAAUCUAGUGUACUUAUGCGGCAAGGGUGACUCUGUAAUUCGGUAUUUCGAAAUAACCCCUGAACCUCCUUUCGUUCAUUAUAUCAAUACGUUUCAAACCCCUGAUCCUCAACGAGGUAUAGGAAUGAUGCCAAAACGAGGCUGUGAUGUUAAUAGCUGUGAAAUAACUAGAUUUUACCGGCUCAACAACUCAGGUUUCUGCCAGGUUAUCUCCAUGACUGUACCAAGAAAGUCGGAACUUUUCCAAGAAGAUUUGUAUCCAGAUACCCCAGGCGAUACCGCUGCAAUCUCUGCUGAAGAAUGGGAAAAAGGAACUGACGCAGAUCCGGUACUGAUAUCUUUACGGGACGGUUAUCAGCCGUCAGCUACUAAAAACGAACUGAAAGUUCAUAAGAAAUCGAAUAUCCUGAGUAAAGGAGCAAAAGUUGCUUCUAAUUCUUCUCAGAAUGCCACCCAAGCUUCUGUAGGCAUUUCUGAGGAAUUGUUCAAAGAAUUCACAGAAGAGAUAAGAAAAUUAAAAGCGGUAAUUGUGAAACACGAGGGUAGGAUACGGGUGCUCGAGUCAGCUGUUGCUCUUCAAAUGAAAGAAGAUGAGAGAAAAGAAAAAUCAUCUACACCUACCGAUAGAGAGGUGCUCGCAUCUGACGAGGUGUAAUUUUUGACUUAUAUUUUUAGCUCAUAAAAAUAAUGUGAAGAAACUAAUUAUGUAAUAAAAAAUGAUCAUAUAUUUUGAUAUAACAAUUUGUGUAAAUAGUAGGUUUUAGCUAUGUUGUGUGUCUUGAUUCUUCUCUUUUUCUUUUUUUUUCUUUUUUUUUUGCAAUGAUCUUUGCUAUUUAUUGUACAUCCAUUCAUCAUACAUCCUGUGCAUUUGUACUAUGUUUACAUCUUUUAUUUUGUUAGAUCAUUAUAUGUGACACUUGUUACUAGCAUUAAGAUUUCGGAUCUUAUAUCGUCUAAUACACACAAGACUUUUAUGUAUAUGCAACUUUAUAAUUGUUCACGACAAACGAGUGCCUAGUUUGUACAGAUACUUCAUUGUAAAAUAAUGAAAUAUUAUUUUAUUCCUGGUACGAAUAUCUGCAUAAUUUAUAUGUGUAUAAAUUAUGCUACAUGAAAUAAUUGAACAAUCGCUAUUUUACAGUUUAAUGUGCGAAUAACAAGUAAGAUACUAAGUAUUUUUGACUAAUCUGUUUUUUGACAUUAAAAGAGAAAACCAUUUGUUUUGUACAAAAAAUGUGAAUAUAAAAUAAUAUAAUUGAUUGAAUGAAA